AUGGUUUUGGACGAGUUGGAGAGCAGAGUGAAGCAGUGGGGAGAGAUCAUCAACAGGAAGAUCCACUUUCCUCCUGAGCUGAUCAUAGCCAUCCAGGAGAGCAACAUGGUGAUGGUGAAAAGCCUGCUCUGUGCAGAGGAGGGCUUUAUUCACCAGCUGGUGGAUUCUGAGGAACGCCAGUGGAGGGAGGCUCUGAACCUCUCCAUCAGAAUGGGCAGCGAGGAGACCAUGGCUGCGCUUCUGAGGGGCAUCAAGUUCGAUUUCCGGCAGAUCCACGAAGCCCUGCUGGUGGCGGUGGAUACUAAUCAACCAAGGGUGGUCAAGCUUCUUCUGGACCGCCUGGACCAGGAGAAAGGUAAUAAAAUAGACGUACGCUCCUUCUCCACCGCCAUCUUUGACCGCUCCAUCGACGCCUCGCAGUUUGCCCCUGGAGUGACCCCUCUCACGCUGGCCUGUCAGGAAGAUUUGUACGAGAUCGUGACCAUGCUCACUCAGAGAGGCCACAUCAUCUCCCCACCUCACGCCAUCUCCUGCAGCUGUUUGGAAUGCAGGAACGCUCGGCAGUACGACCUGCUCAAGUUCUCACUCUCUCGCAUCAACACGUACCGAGGCAUCGCCAGCCGCGCAUACCUGUCAAUCACCUCCGAGGAUGCCAUCCUCAGUGCCUUCCACCUGAGCUCCGAGAUGCGCAAGCUGUCCAAGAAGGAGCCGGAAUUUAAACCGCAGUACCUGGCUCUGGAGCAGGUGUGUCAGGAGUACGCUGUGGAGCUGCUGGGAAUGUGCCGGAACCAGAGCGAGGUCUCCACUCUGCUGAACUAUGGUGAAGAUGUCAGUGAUGAGGAGCUAGAUGAGCAGACGUUUGAGGAGGGUAUACCCAACCUGGCACUUAUCCGUCUGGCUAUAACCUACAACCAAAAACAGUUUGUGACUCAUCCCAUCUGCCAGCAAGUGCUGUCCUCCAUUUGGUGUGGCAGUCUCUCAGGCUGGAGGGGCAGCAACACAUCGUGGAAACUGCUGGUGUCUCUGGGGAUCUUUGUGAGCAUGCCAUUGCUGUGCUUCAUCUACUGGAUUGCUCCAAAAUCCAAGAUCGGCAGGACUCUGAAGAUUCCAGUGAUCAAGUUUUUGCUGCACUCUGCUUCCUACCUGUGGUUCCUGAUUAUCCUGCUAACGGAGUCAAUCUUCAUGGAAAUCUGGCGAGAUGACAUUGCUUCCCGCUCACAAAACCUUCUCCACAACUCUCUUCACAUGAUCUGGGUUGUUGGUUUCUUCUGGUUUGAGUGUAAGGAGGUGUGGAUUGAGGGACUGAAAACCUACUUACUGGACUGGUGGAACAUUCUGGAUAUGCUGGUGCUCAGCAUGUACCUGGCCUCCUUCACACUGCGCAUUUUAAUUGUGCUAAAAGGCCAUUUCCUGUGCCAAGAUCCCAGCGCUGAAGACCUGUGUGACUACUUCACAAACACAGCACGAGAAAACUGGAGACAAGAAGACCCUCAGCUGAUUGCUGAAAUGCUAUUUGCUGUGACCAGCAUGCUGAGCUUCACACGUCUGGCCUACAUCCUACCAGCUCACGAAUUCCUGGGAACCCUACAGAUAUCCAUUGGUAAAAUGAUCGAUGAUAUGAUGAGAUUUGUUUUUAUCCUGAUGAUCAUCGGCACUGCUUUCCUGUGUGGGAUGCACAACAUAUACGCUCCAUAUGUCAGCUCUCCACUUGGCAGGCUUAAUGAGACCUUUAACUUUCUCUUCUGGACUAUGUUUGGAGUGUUCAAUCAGGAAAAAGUGGACAUGCCAGACCACGUUAUGGCGGAGUUUGUGGGCAGAGUUCUUUACGGGAUUUUCACUCUGAUCAUCGUCAUUGUGCUGCUCAACAUGCUCAUCGCCAUGAUAACCAAUUCAUUUCAAAAGAUUGAGAAUGAUGCCGACGUUGAAUGGAAGUUUGCGCGUUCCAAGCUCUACCUCAGCUUUUUCAGAGAGGGCCUCACCAUGCCUGUUCCUUUCAAUAUCAUUCCUUCCCCCAAGGCAUUAUUCUAUGGAAUAAGGUAUGCAAAUUCAGGAGUGCAAAAUACUUUGAGCUCACUUAAACUUUCUGGCAGUACCCUGAACCAGAGUGAAGGUCAGGGUGAAGGCAGAGUGCCAUAUCGCCUGCAGGUUAUCAAGGUUUUAGUGCAGCGCUACAUCGCAGCAGCACGUCAAGAGUUUGAGGACACCAAGAACAACGAUGUGGGCCACAGAAUCACAGAACUGAAUAAAGUGGUGGGAAGACUGGACAUAGAGGUGAUGAAGGUGGAUGAGAAUCUCCACUGCAGACGUGGAGCAUCCAGACCAGAGCGUGAGACCAGUGCCAUUCUGAACGACUACAUCAUGAGGGCCAAGAACCAUUUCCACAACUUUGAUAAGAAAGAGGCUUCAGGAAGCCGAGGUGCUGGACUGCAGGUUCUGUUCCACCACAGUGAAGAACAGAAGGAAAAAAAAGAAAGCAGAUAA